GGGCACUGAAGCUCCAACCCGACCAGCCCACUUCAACAACAGGCUGGGGGCCGAAGGAGGAGCCAGGGGAAGCAAAGCCUUUGCUGAGAGGCCCUGCGGACCCUGCAGAGGCCCCAGGCCCCGCUGGCUCCGCCCCUCGCCGCCCCCUCUCGGGUGGUAGAUAUACAGCCGCAGCCCCUGCCGCCGCCCACUGCGACAGGAGCUGCCCGAACGCUACCUCUACAGACCUAGCCGACAGACGAACUGCAUUUUUUAGCGAUGGCUGAUGGCUUCUUUCAGCGCAAACCCUGGGACCCUGAGCACAUUCGCCGAAGCCCCGACCCUGAGUCUGACGGCCUGUUCGACAAGGCCCCUCCGGAGGAGCCCCCUGCCCGCAAUCCCAAGUGGGGCAGCAAGAAGGGUGGUCGGCGCGCUGGGAGGGCACUGGCGGCCCGCUCUGGGCAGUCCCUGAAAGCUGUUGCGCGCCCCCAGCCCAAGGAAGAGGCGCCUCCACUGGAUGAGGGCUGCUAUCUCGACCAUUUCCCGCACCUUUCCAUCUUUAUCUACGCAGCGAUCGCCUUCUCCAUCACCUCCUGCAUCUUCACCUAUAUCCAUUUGCAGCUUGCCUGAAUAGCCAGGGCAGGAGGCUGGGUGCAGAGCCAAGGUGGGAGGAGGGAGGGUGGGAGGGAAAAGAAGGGUCUCAGCAUUUGAUGUUUUGGUGACGCGAUCUACCCCCUUCGUUUAGCUUUUGAUGCCUAUUUCCACUCUGUAUCGUAAUACCUUUGUCUAAGUAUCAGUAGGAUAGCCGAAAGCGACGGGUAAAUAAAUAAGAGUCUAGCGUACAAAGUUUAGAGACGGGAGCAGUUAGUUCCCAACAUAUUGAAUCUCCGAGUGCUGUUAAGGCGCAUCUACAAUUAGGAUGCUGUCUCGGGAUCCUUCCACUUUGAGUGGUAGGGUACGCCCAUCAUUUUGUGUUCGGACCGCUAGAGCGGUCCCGCCUUCUCUUCUUAAAGGAAUGAGUAAGAUCCAGGGCCGCGGUCUUGCCAAAAUCGCGCCCUGUCUAGUGACGCUGCAUGGCCACCAGGAGGAGCCAGCUGUGCCCCUGAGCUGGCGCAGACAGAAUUCAGAACGCGGGAGCUGGCUAUCCAGGGCUUGCAGCUGAUGCCAGCAGAGCGCAGAAUAAGGCUUUGUCACCGCUGCCUAACCAAAAGGACCCCUAAAGACGGUGGGCCUACCCUGCCCGAAGGCCCCAUCUCUGACUUGUGCCGGACAGCGCGGGACCUGCGGCUGCAGGCUUCCCGUGACGCAGGAUCACAUCGCUGCGCGGCCAGCGCAGGGACGCGAAUGUGCGCACGCGCAUGAUGCGCCAGCAAGGACUCGGGCUGGGACUGAGGCGGGAGGGUUCUCUGACGAUUGCAAUGGAGUUUGAUCCUGACCCAAACCCUUAGGAGCCUAAGGGACCAAAGACGACUGGGGGAAUUUGUUCUUGAUGAUAUCUCGUGUUGGAAAACUACCCGACCCCUAUGGUUUAUGAUCUCUGACCCAAAAGACCUAAUACUAGAAACAACUUAUCAGGCUAUUCACCCACCAGUCAUCUGUUUACUCGUGAAUGUUAAAUGUAAAAAUGUAGUGCUCUAAUACUGCAUAUACUUGGAAAUGUAAUUGUGGUACUUCUGAUAUAAUAAACCAUCUUUUUCAGUCUCUA